UGGUUACUGUAUCUAUUAGUCCCAUGGGAGCGCACGAACCGCACCGACUCCCAGUGUGGUGUCAAUUAGCUUGAGUCGUCAGACAGGUGCACUCACUGUCUACAUUUCCUAUUCACGGAGAGAAAACAAACGUCGGUCCCUUUGGGGUUGAGGUGUGCUUUACUUGCAUCCUUCCCAGCCAUGGGUUCCUUCGCUUCGAGGUCCUGUGCCGAAAUAAACGUCACCACGCCAGAAGUCAAAGUGACGGAGAAUUUUUCCCGCGUGGUGUCCCAUUCCGCACAAAAUGGAGGCAAAGGAUCGAGCCAACGGAAGUUCUUCAAACAGUACGGGCCGUUCCUUAGAAUGCCGAAUAUCGGUGACAUCUUUCCAAACUUCAGGGCCAUGACAACAGAAGGGGAGAUCGACUUUUAUGAUUGGCUGGGAAACUCAUGGGGGAUCUUGUUUUCUCAUCCGGGUGACUUCACCCCGGUAUGUACAUCUGAACUGGGAAGGGCGGCUCAGCUCAUGCCUGAGUUCAGGAAGAGGGGCAUCAAGAUCAUCGGCCUCUCGUGUAGCAGUGUACGGGACCACGAGGCCUGGAUUCCCGAUAUAUUGACAUACACCGGCUUGCAAGGGCCGAUGCCUUUCCCAAUCAUCUCCGACGAAAAGCGGGAGCUGGCUGUUGGACUGGGGAUGUUGGACCCCGAGUUUAAGGACGACAAGGGGAUGCCGAUGACCUGUCGGGCGCUCUUUGUCAUCGGUCCUGACAAGAAGAUGAAAAUGUCAAUCUUAUAUCCAGCUCUCAGCGGAAGAAACUUUUCGGAAAUCCUCAGAGUUGUUGAUUCUCUUCAGCUGACAGAUCUCAAGAAAGUCUCCACCCCAGUAGACUGGAAGUACGGGGAAGACUGUAUGAUAGACGUGUCCGUACCCCGGGCGUACGAGGACCAGCUGUUCCCGCAGGGCGUGACGGUCAAAACGCUACCCUCGGGGAAGGAUUACUUCAGAACCACCCCCAUGCCGUAGGUCUCCCUCCCCUGGGAGGCCCUGGACUUUACC